GAGUUAAGCACGUGCACGCCAGACAUAAACAGCCAGCAUCUGUGGAGCGCAGAUUCAAUGAUCAACCAAUGGAAACAGGGAGAAGGAGGGGGCAGCAGCAAGCCAACAGCGAAUUACAGCACGUUUUUAAAAGAAAGUGCAAUACAGCAGCAGCUGCAAAGGAGAGGGAGAGGGCUUGGGAGGAAAUCGCUGCUCACGUCAAUGCGUAACUUUAAAUCUAGUCUCGUGCAAUCACAAUGACAGACUGUUGCAGGGAAACUGCUUGAAUCAUUUUGAUCAUGUUUUACAUUGUCAAGUAAGUAUUAAGUGGCAGUUUGAUCCCUUAGAAAAUGCUCUUUUCACACUCAAAAAAAUGAAUUUUACUCUCUUAUGAUGUUCCGUUAAGUGAUUAGGAAUAUUAAACUAACUCUCAGUAUGUAUAUGUACAUAUAUUAAACUAACACACACUACACUCAAUAUUAGACUUUCACUCAGCAAACAGAAAGAGGGCAGAUGCCAGAAAAAACGGGUGGUGGCCCAGCAGCCCCCCCCCCCGACGAUCGAAACCCCCACCUCGUAGCAGCGAUCGUCGGACUGGUGUGCGUGCGUGUGUGUGUGUCUGUGGGGGGAGGGAUUUGCGAUCGGACCGGCCGCGAUCGUCGAACGGGGGGGGUGGGGGGCAGCUCCUCUGCCUCCGUUAAAGGUGGGGCUGCUGGACCACCACCCGUUUUUGUGUUAGUUUAAUAUUCCUAAUCAUUUAACGGAACAUAAUAAGAGAGUAAAAUUCAGUUUUGAGUGUGAAAACAGCUUUUUUAAAGGGAUCAAACUGCCACUUAAUACUUACUUGACAAUGUAAAACAUGAUCAAAAUGAGAAAAUGCCGAUGUCUCACCUGAAACUCUGGGUUUACUGAGUUAAACCUGCUCCCGAGCAGGUUAGGUUCACGGAGUCUGUUACUGCGGUAACUGACCGCGAGGUUGAGUUACCUCUCUUUGUGAAACAGGUUAGAGUUACCCCUCUCUCCCUGGUUUAACUAACCCUCCUUUGUGAAACGGAAAACUCAGAGUUUCCCUGAUUUCAGGGUUAACAAACUCGGAGUUUCCACUAAACCUGCUACGUGAAACGGACCCCAGGUCAACUACAAAUGAGUGAACUACAUACUACACCAGGUAAACUACAAACAAGUAAACUAAAGAAUACACCAUGUAAACUACGAACUACACCAGGUAAACUACAAACAAGUAAAAGUCAGACUUCUCCAGGUUAACCACAAAAGAGUAAACUACAAACUACACCAGGGGUCCGUUUCACGUAGGUGGUUCAACAAACUCUGAGUUAAAUCCUUAACUCUGAGUUGAUCUACUCUGAGUUAGGAAACUCUGAGUUUCCGGUUUCACAACACCUGAUUUGAGACGGUUUUAACAACUCCGAGUAGUUUGACCUGGAGUUAAGCACGUGCACGCCAGACAUAAACAGCCAGCAUCUGUGGAGCGCAGAUUCAUUGAUCAACCAAUGGAAACAGGGAGAAGGAGGGGGCAGCAGCAAGCCAACAGCGAAUUACAGCACGUUUGUAAAAGAAAGUGCAAUACAGCAGCAGCUGCAAAGGAGAGGGAGAGGGCUUGGGAGGAAAUCGCUGCUCGCGUCAAUGCGUAACUUUAAAUCUAGUCUCGUGCAAACACAAUGACAGACUGUUGCAGGGAAACUGCUUGAAUCAUUUUGAUCAUGUUUUACAUUGUCAAGUAAGUAUUAAGUGGCAGUUUGAUCCCUUAGAAAAUGCUCUUUUCACACUCAAAACUGAAUUUUACUCUCUUAUGAUGUUCCGUUAAAUGAUUAGGAAUAUUAAACUAACUCUCAGUAUGUAUAUGUACAUAUAUUAAACUAACACACACUACACUCAAUAUUAGACUUUCACUCAGCAAACAGAAAGAGGGCAGAUGCCAGAAAAACGGGUGGUGGUCCAGCAGCCCCACCUUUAACGGAGGCAAGGGAGCUGCCCCCCCCCCCCCUUCGACGAUCGCAACUCCCACCCCGUAGCAGCGAUCGUUGGACUAGUGUGCGUGUGUGUGUGUCUGUGUGUGUGUGUGUGUGGGGGGGGGAUUUGCGAUCGGACCGGCCGCGAUCGUCGAACGGGGGGGUGGGGGCAGCUCCUCUGCCUCCGUUAAAGGUGGGGCUGCUGGACCACCACCCGUUUUUGUGUUAGUUUAAUAUUCCUAAUCAUUUAACGGAACAUAAUAAGAGAGUAAAAUUCAUUUUUGAGUGUGAAAAGAGCAUUUUUUAAGGGAUCAAACUGCCACUCAAUACUUACUUGACAAUGUAAAACAUGAUCAAAAUGAGAAAAUGCCGAUGUCUCACCUGAAACUCUGGGUUUACUGAGUUAAACCUGCUCCCGAGCAGGUUAGGUUCACGGAGUCUGUUACUGUGGUAACUGACCGCGAGGUUGAGUUACCUCUCUUUGUGAAACAGGUUAGAGUUACCCCUCUCUCCCUGGUUUAACUAACCCUCCUUUGUGAAACGGAAAACUCAGAGUUUCCCUGAUUUCAGGGUUAACAAACUCGGAGUUUCCACUAAACCUGCUACGUGAAACGGACCCCAGGUGAACUACAAACAAGCAAACAAAAGAAAACACCAGGUUAAGUACAAACAAGUAAACAACAAACUACACCAGGUAAACAAUAAAAAUGUCAACUACAAACUACAGCGGGUUUACAACAAACGAGUACACUACAAACUACACCAGGUAAAAUACAAUCUUAACCAGGUAAACUACAAACAAGUAAACUUCAGACUACACCAGGUUACCUACAAAUUAGAAAACUACAUACUACGCAAGGUGAACUACAAACAAGUAAACUAGAGAAUACACCAUGUAAACUACAAACUACACCAGGUAAACUACAAACAAGUAAACUAGAGAAUACACUAUGUAAACUAUGUGCAAAAGAGUAAACUACAAACUACACAAGGUGAACUACAAACAAGUAAACAAAAGGAAACACCAGGGGUCCGUUUCACGUAGGUGGUUCAACAAACUCUGAGUUAAAUCCUUAACUCUGAGUUGAUCUACUCUGAGUUAGGAAACUCUGCGUUUCCGGUUUCACAACACCUGAUUUGAGUCAGAUUUAUCAACUCCGAGUAGUUUGACCUGGAGUUAAGCACGUGCACGCCAGACAUAAACAGCCAGCAUCUGUGGAGCGCAGAUUCAUUGAUCAACCAAUGGAAACAGGGAGAAGGAGGCGGCAGCAGCAAGCCAACAGCGAAUUACAGCACGUUUUUAAAAGAAAGUGCAAUACAGCAGCAGCUGCAAAGGAGAGGGAGAGGGCAUGGGAGGAAAUCGCUGCUCGCGUCAAUGCGUAACUUUAAAUCUAGUCUUGUGCAAUCACAAUGACAGACUGUUGCAGGGAAACUGCGUGCAUGGAGCAAAUUAAUUUAUUUUAUGUAGGUGCAAUCCAGCGGGACAAAAGCGCACUUGACAGCAGCUGAUAAUUAAAUAUAAAAACAUUGUGCAAAAAGGCGAGACAUCUGCAUUUUCUCAUUUUGAUCAUGUUUUACAUUGUCAAGGUAGUAUUAAGAGGCAGUUUGAUCCCUUAGAAAAUGCUCUUUUCACACUCAAAACUGAAUUUUACUCUCUUAUGAUGUUCCGUUAAAUGAUUAGGAAUAUUAAACUAACUCUCAGUAUGUAAAUGUACAUAUAUUAAACUAACACACACUACACUCAAUAUUAGACUUUCACUCAGCAAACAGAAAGAGGGCAGAUGCCAGAAAAACGGGUGGUGGCCCAGCAGCCCCACCUUUAACGGAGGCAGAGGAGCUGCCCCCCCCCUCGACGAUCGAAACCCCCACCCCGUAGCAGCGAUCGUCGGACUGGUGUGCGUGUGUGUGUGUGUGUGUGUGUGUGUGUGUGUCUGUGGGGGGGGAUUUGCGAUCGGACCGGCCGCGAGGGGGGGGGGGGGCUGCUGGACCACCUACCGUUUUUGUGUUAGUUUAAUAUUCCUAAUCAUUUAACGGAACAUCAUAAGAGAGUAAAAUUCAGUUUUGAGUGUGAAAAGAGCAUUUUUUAAGGGAUCAAACUGCCACUUAAUACUUACUUGACAAUGUAAAACAUGAUCAAAAUGAUUCAAGCAGUUUCCCUGCAACAGUCUGUCAUUGUGAUUGCACGAGACUAGAUUUAAAGUUACGCUUUGACGCGAGCAGCGAUGUGAAAAUGCCGAUGUCUCACCUGAAACUCUGGGUUUACUGAGUUAAACCUGCUCCCGAGCAGGUUAGGUUCACAGAGUCUGUUACUGUGGUAACUGACCGCGAGGUUGAGUUACCUCUCUUUGUGAAACAGGUUAGAGUUACCCCUCUCUCCCUGGUUUAACUAACCCUCCUUCGUGAAACGGAAAACUCAGAGUUUCCCUGAUUUCAGGGUUAACAAACUCGGAGUUUCCACUAAACCUGCUACGUGAAACGGACCCCAGGUAAAUUGCAAACAAGUAAAAGUCAGACUUCUCUAGGUUAACCACAAAGGAGUAAACUACAAACUACACCAGGUGAACUACAAACAAGGAAACUUAAAACUACACCAGGUAAACUACAAACACGUAAACUACAAAAUACACCAGGAAAACUACAAACUACACUAGGUAAACUACAAACAACACCAGAAAAAUUACAAACAAGUAAACUUCAGACUACACUAGGUUAACUACAAAAGUGUUAACUACAAACAACACCAGGUACACAACAAACAAGUAAACCACAGACUACACUUGGGGUCCGUUUCACGUAGCAGGUUUAGUGGAAACUCCGAGUUUGUUAACCCUGAAAUCAGGGAAACUCUGAGUUUUCCGUUUCACAAAGGAGGGUUAGUUAAACCAGGGAGAGAGGGGUAACUCUAACCUGUUUCACAAAGAGAGGUAACUCAACCUCGCGGUCAGUUACUACAGUAACAGACUCCGUGAACCUAACCUGCUCGGGAGCAGGUUUAACUCAGUAAACCCAGAGUUUCAGGUGAGACAUCGGCAUUUUCUCAUUUUGAUCAUGUUUUACAUUGUCAAGUAAGUAUUAAGUGGCAGUUUGAUCCCUUAAAAAAUGCUCCCUGAUUUCACACUCAAAACUGAAUUUUACUCUCUUAUUAUGUUCCGUUAAAUGAUUAGGAAUAUUAAACUAACACAAAAACGGAUGGUGGUCCAGCAGCCCCACCUUUAACGGAGGCAGAGGAGCUGCCCCCCACCCCCCCGUUCGACGAUCGCGGCCGGUCCGAUCGCAAAUCCCCCCCCCCCCCCCACAGACACACACGCACACCAGUCCGACGAUCGCUGCUACGGAGUGGGGGUUUCGAUCGUCGAGGGGGGUGGGGGGGGGGCAGCUCCUCUGCCUCCGUUAAAGGUGGGGCUGCUGGACCACCACCCGUUUUUCUGGCAUCUGCCCUCUUUCUGUUUGCUGAGUGAAAGUCUAAUAUUGAGUGUAGUGUGUGUUAGUUUAAUAUAUGUACAUAUACAUACUGAGAGUUAGUUUAAUAUUCCUAAUCAUUUAACGGAACAUCAUAAGAGAGUAAAAUUCAUUUUUGAGUGUGAAAAGAGCAUUUUUUAAGGGAUCAAACUGCCACUUAAUACUUACUUGACAAUGUAAAACAUGAUCAAAAUGAUUCAAGCAGUUUCCCUGCAACAGUCUGUCAUUGUGAUUGCACGAGACUAGAUUUAAAGUUACGCAUUGACGCGAGCAGCGAUUUCCUCCCAAGCCCUCUCCCUCUCCUUUGCAGCUGCUGCUGUAUUGCACUUUCUUUUACAAACGUGCUGUAAUUCGCUGUUGGCUUGCUGCUGCCCCCUCCUUCUCCCUGUUUCCAUUGGUUGAUCAUUGAAUCUGCGCUCCACAGAUGCUGGCUGUUUAUGUCUGGCGUGCACGUGCUUAACUCCAGGUCAAACUACUCGGAGUUGUUAAAACCGUCUCAAAUCAGGUAUUGUGAAACCGGAAACUCUGAGUUUCCUAACUCAGAGUAGAUCAACUCAGAGUUAAGGAUUUAACUCAGAGUUUGUUGAACCACCUACGUGAAACGGACCCCAGGUCAACUACAAAUGAGUAAAGUACAAAAUACACAAAGUAAACUUCAGACUACACCAGGUUAACUACAAACAAGUAAACUUAAGACUACACCAGGUAAACUACAAACAAAUAAACUACAAACUACACCGGGUAAACUACAAACAAGCAAACUUCAGACUUCACCAGAUUAACCAGAAAAAAGUAAACUACAAUCUUUACCAGGUAGACUACAUACAAGAAAACUUCAGACUAAACCAGGUUAACUACAAACAAGUAAACUUAAGACUACACCAGGUAAACUACAAACAAAUAAACUACAAACUACACCAGGUGAACUAUAAACAAGUAAACUUAAGACUACAACAGGUAAACUACAAUCAAAUAAACUACAAAAUACACCAGGAAAACUACAAUCUACAUCAGGUAAACUACAAACAAGUAAACUACAAAAUACACCAGGAAAACUUCAGACUACACCAGGUUAACUACAAAUAAGUAAACUACAUACUACACCAGGUGAACUUCAAACAAGUAAACUAGAGAAAACACCAUGUAAACUACAAACUACACCAGGUAAACUGCAAACAAGUAAAAGUCAGACUUCUCCAGGUAAAUCACAAAAGAAUAAACUACAAACUACACCAGGUAAACAACAAACAAGUAAACUACAAAUUACACCAGUUAAACUACAAAAAAGUGAACUACAAACAACACCAGGUAAACUACAAACAAGUUAACUAAAGAAUACAUCAGGUAAACUACAAACUACACCAGGUAAACUACAAACAAGCAAACUUCAGACUUCACCAGGUUAACAACAAAAGAGUAAACUACAAACCACACCAGGUCAACUACAAACAAGUAAACUACAAACUACACCAAGUUAAACACAAACAAGUGAACAAAAUACUUUACCAGGUGAACUACAAACUACACCAGUUAAACUACAACUCCACCAGGUUAACCACAAACUCCACUAGGUAAACUACAAACUCCACCAGGUAAACUACAAACUCCACCAGGUUAACUACAAACUACACCAGGUUAACCACAUACUACACCAGGUUAACCACAAACUCCACUAGGUAAACUACAAACUCCACCAGGUUAACCACAAACUCCACUAGGUAAACUACAAACUCCACCAGGUUAACCACAUACUACACCAGGGGUCCGUUUCACGUAGGUGGUUCAACAAACUCUGAGUUAAAUCCUUAACUCUGAGUUGAUCUACUCUGAGUUAGGAAACUCUGAGUUUCCGGUUUCACAAUACCUGAUUUGAGACGGUUUUAACAACUCCGAGUAGUUUGACCUGGAGUUAAGCACGUGCACGCCAGACAUAAACAGCCAGCAUCUGUGGAGCGCAGAUUCAUUGAUCAACCAAUGGAAACAGGGAGAAGGAGGGGGCAGCAGCAAGCCAACAGCGAAUUACAGCACGUUUUUAAAAGAAAGUGCAAUACAGCAGCAGCUGCAAAGGAGAGGGAGAGGGCAUGGGAGGAAAUCGCUGCUCGCGUCAAUGCGUAACUUUAAAUCUAGUCUCGUGCAAUCACAAUGACAGACUGUUGCAGGGAAACUGCUUGAAUCAUUUUGAUCAUGUUUUACAUUGUCAAGUAAGUAUUAAGUGGCAGUUUGAUCCCUUACAAAAUGCUCUUUUCACACUCAAAAAUGAAUUUUACUGAUGUUCCGUUAAAUGAUUAGGAAUAUUAAACUAACUCUCAGUAUGUAUAUGUACAUAUAUUAAACUAACACACACUACACUCAAUAUUAGACUUUCACUCAGCAAACAGAAAGAGGGCAGAUGCCAGAAAAACGGGUGGUGGCCCAGCAGCCCCACCUUUAACGGAGGCAGAGGAGCUGCCCCCCCCCCCCACCCCCUAGCAGCGAUCGUCGGACUGGUGUGCGUGUGUGUGUCUGUGGAGGGGGGGAUUUGCGAUCGGACCGGCCGCGAUCGUCGAACGGGGGGGUGGGGGGCAGCUCCUCUGCCUCCGUUAAAGGUGGGGCUGCUGGACCACCACCCGUUUUUGUGUUAGUUUAAUAUUCCUAAUCAUUUAACGGAACAUCAUAAGAGAGUAAAAUUCAGUUUUGAGUGUGAAAAGAGCAUUUUUUAAGGGAUCAAACUGCCACUUAAUACUUACUUGACAAUGUAAAACAUAAUCAAAAUGAGAAAAUGCCGAUGUCUCACCUGAAACUCUGGGUUUACUGAGUUAAACCUGCUCCCGAGCAGGUUAGGUUCACGGAGUCUGUUACUGUGGUAACUGACCGCGAGGUUGAGUUACCUCUCUUUGUGAAACAGGUUAGAGUUACCCCUCUCUCCCUGGUUUAACUAACCCUCCUUUGUGAAACGGAAAACUCAGAGUUUCCCUGAUUUCAGGGUUAACAAACUCGGAGUUUCCACUAAACCUGCUACGUGAAACGGACCCCAGGUCAUCUACAACUACACCAGGUUAACCACAAACUCCACCAGGUAAACUACAAAGAUUUGGUCACAUGAUCAAUUUCUCUGACUGUUCACAAGAAACAGGGGGUGGGCUCAUCUUACCCCACUCUCCCCUACAAGAGGACCCAGUAUGGACCCCUGUGGGGCGCCAAUGUAAGAGUCUAAAAUUGAAAGAGGGAAAAUUGUAGAUGAAAUCACUGAAAUGUAUCUUUUUUUAUAUACUUUUAAACAGGAAACCAGACAGAAACUUUGACUUGGAUGUUUGCCUCUUAGUCCUGUUUCACAAAAGUAGUCAAGUACAGACUGUUGUUAAAAACUGUGUCAAUUAAGAUUUGUUAUUUUGACUCUUCAUCCAUGAGGGGGAGGAACCUUUUCAAAGCUGAGUCUCCUCCCACACCUCCUGUCUCCUCCUCCUCCUCCUCCUCCUCAGUGUGAGCUCCACUCUGAGAGGAGAGAGGAGUCACAGCAGCUCAGUGAGUGUCAGCAUGUCUCACCUGUGAGCUUCUUCUCCUGUGAGCUUCUUCUCCAGUGAGCUUCUUCACCUGUGAGCUUCUUCUGCUGCUGAUCUGAAGGAUCUCAAAGUCUUCAUCACGCUGGACUCCUCAAAGUUUCUUGGUUUGUUCAUUCGUUUUUUUUCCUUUAACAAAGAUAUUUUGAAGAUCAAGAACUCCCACUCUGUCAAACUUUUCUUCUCCCUCCCGCUUAGACACAGCGCGAUGAUGUCAGAUUACAUGGCGAUAUCUGAUUGGUCCUUGGCUAAUAUGGCGGCUCGAUCAGAGACCUCCAGAGCCGUCACAAAGGUCAGACAUGGAUGUUGUGUCAGUUUGUUUAAACUUUUACUUCAAAGAUGUUUUUAAAGAUGUUUUAGAAGCUUAAUUUUAUUUUCCCAUUUGUUUUUUAUUAAUUAAUUUAUGUCAUUUUAUUUAUUUAUAUUUUAAUUUGUUUGAUUAUAUAUACAUUUAUUCAGACUCAUUCAUUUAUUUAUGUAUAUAUCUUCUUCUACAGGUUAGCCCCACCCCUUCACACACCUUCCUCAAAUCAACGACUAUCUCAGAUUCUUCUCUCUGGUUGGAGGACUCCAGCUGUCAGUCAAAGACCUCCGUUUUCAUCCCACCUUCUCCAUCAAUGUCCUUAUAUGUUGGUCCUACUGUGACCCCGCCCCCGACCAGCCUCCUUACUCCAGUACCUGGAUGGAACUGUUACCAUGACAACAUCUAUUCCUCCUCCUAUUUGGUGCCUCCUCUGCCAUGGGGGCAGGGCCUCCUUUCACCAGGUGAAGCUUGUACCUGACACUCUGAGCUGUGGUACUGUGGUGCAGACAGUGCCGUGGGUUUAUUGUGUGUGUGUGUGUGUGUGUGUGUGUGUGUGUUCAGAGCAACGUGUGUGUGUGAGCUGUAGGACGAGCAGUGCCCCCCUGUGGAGCAGAGACGCCACAGAUCGCCACCUGUGUCACACCUGCAGCCUCCGGCAGAGAGCCAACAACAGACCUCUGCUGAGACCCAAGAGAAGGGUGGUGAGACACACACGCACAAACACAUACAAACACACAAACACACACACGUACAUUUGGGGCCCCGUCUCUGAUAAGCUGUCCUACAAAUUUCAGCAAAAAUUUAAUAUUUAAAAUAUUUCACGGUAGAAAAGUUUCUGUAAUGCUCCUUUAAUACAAUUUUUUUUCAGUCUGUGUCUCAGAGGAGAGGAACUCAGUGUGUGAACUGUUUGACUUUAACUACAACACUGUGGAGGAGGAACUCUGAGGGAGAACCCGUCUGCAACGCCUGUGGACUCUACUACAAACUACACCAGGUAAGUUACAGACUACACCAGAUAAACAACAGACUACACCAGGUAAACUACACCAGGUAAACUACAAAUCUACAACUACACCAGGUUAACAUCAAACUCCACCAGGUAAACUACAAAGAUUUGGUCACAUGAUCAAUUUCUCUGACCAUUCACAAGAAACAUGGGGUUAGGGUUACUACAAACUACAGGAGGUAAACUACAAACAGGUUAUCUACAAACUUCACCAGGUAAACCACAAACUACACCAGGAAAACUACAAACUACACCAGGUAAACUACAGACUUCACCAGGUAAACUACAAAUACACCAGGAAAACUACAAACUACACCAGGUACUCUACAGACUACAAACAAGUUAACUACAAACAACACCAGGAAAACUACAAACUAGACCAGGUUCUCUACAGACUACAAACAAGUUAACUACAGACUACACCAGGUAAACUACCAACAACAGCAGAUAACCAACAAACGACACCAGUUAAACUACAAACAACACCAUGAAAACGACAAACUACACCAGGUACUCUACAAACUACAAACAAGUUAACUACAAACUACACCAGGAAACUACCAACUACAGCAGAUAAACUACAAACCACACUAGGUAAACUGCAAACAAGUUAACUACAAACCGACCAGGUAAACUACAUAUACACCAGGUAAACUACAAACUACACAGGGUAAACUACAAACAUACCAGGUCAACUGCAAACUACACAAGGUAAAAUUAAAACAAGUAAACCACAAACUACACCAGGUAAACUUAAACAAGUAACCUACAAACUACACAAGGUAAACUACAGACUCCACCAGGUAAACUACACCAGGUAAACUAAAAACUUCACCAGGUCAACUACAAACGAGUACUGUAUUUUCCGCACUUUAAGGCGCGCCAUCAAUGAACACGUUCAUUUGCGUCUAUUUUCAUAUAUAAGGCGCACCAGAUUAUAAAGCGCACCAGAUAAAAAGCGCAUUAAGCCAAACAAAACAGUCAAAUAAAUCAAACUUUAUUUUACUCAUUCAAUAACUCUGUGAGGCUACGCUAGCUGCAGAGCUCCUACGAGCCAAAAGGAUUUAAAGUGCGCCUCAUAGUGUGAAAAUUAUGGUAAACUACAGACUCCACCAGAUAAACUACAAACAAGUAAACUAAAGACUACACUAGGUAAACUACAAACAAGUAAACUUAAGACUACACCAUGUAAACUACAAACAAGUCAACUACAGAUGACUAUUUGUUCGGUUCCAUGGUGUGCUGAUGUGUUUCAGGUGAACCGGCCGCCGUCCAUGAGUAAAGAUGGACUCAAAACCAGAAGAAGGAAACUGACCAAUAAGGACGAGAGGAUGAGGAGAGCUAGCCAAUCAGAGACUGGCCCCGCCUGCUGAGG